AUGGAGAAUAGAGUUGAUAUUGUUUAAAAGAGUUUUAAGAAGCUUAUAGACACAAUGCCGAAACAAUCAGUAGAAAGUUAUAGAAAUGAUAAAAAUAUCUUGUGAAUUUUGAGAAGUAUAUUGUUAUUCAAAGUAAUUCAAGCUUUAUUCAAGGAAAUCUGGGGAUUAUGCACACAAAAAGUUACCAUUAAAUUUUUCAACUUACAAAUAGAUAGAAUCUAUAACGAAAAGAUUGACGGAUGGAUUGCCCCAAAUACAUUCAAAAAUAUUAUGCAUAGAGAUUAGAAACUCGCAAGCAUGUUAUUCAAAAAAUAAAAAUAAUCUCAAUUUUAGAAACAUAGUGACAUAAAUUCUUUUUGCGAUAGCUGAUUUUGUUUUGGCACAAUUUGUAAAUCUUCCAGUUAAUUCUAUUGUAUAUCUGGAACAUCUGGUUUCUGGCACCUAAAGUAUACACAAGAUAGGAUUUAUAAUUCUACUUUUAAAUUAAGUAUAAAUAAUAGAGGCAUAUCAACCACAUAUGAUGCAUAUGAUGGUGUAUGCUAUGUGUACUUAUUAGGAUGAGUCUUCCAUGUUUUUCUUAGCAUACCAGCAGAAAAUUUUAUAAUACAAUUGUUCACUAAAAUAAGGAGGCUAAAGUUCAUUGUUAAAAUUCAGUUUUAGAGGUGGUAUUAUUUAAAUGUGUAAUAAAGGGAUAUUUCCAUAAGAAUUUUACUUUAUUAUUAAAACAAAUGCUUGAAUCAAAUCCAAAAGAAAAGAAUUGCAACUAACGAGACUAUGAAAUUUGAAUACAUUUAAUUAUGUGAAGAAAAUUAAUAGAACAUUUCAUCAUAAGAUGAUGGUAGAGAAAUUAAUGAUAAACAGGCUUGA